ACACUUCACGACUUCCAAGAAAUCCAUGCAAAGCCACUACUGAAAUACCUUUGGGAUAAGACCCUGUUUGUUUGUCAACACUGUUUUGUGGCUAUUUGCCAAAAAAAGGAGUUCAAGAGCAGUGGAGCAUUGAAUUGAGCGUUUCUAUUUUCUGAAAUGGGUUUGAUGGGAGAGAGCCUAACACAGAUUCUGAUACCUUUGUCUGCCUUGAUUGGAAUUGGGUUUGCUUUGCUUCAAUGGUUUCUGGUGUCAAAGGUGAGGGUUUCAAGUGGGUCUGGUUCGGAAAAUGGGUACAAGGACAGGUUGAUUGACGAAGAUGAACAAGAGGAGGGUAUUGAUAGUGAUGAGGCUGUUUACAAGUGUGCUGAGAUUCAGAAUGCCAUUUCUGUCGGUGCAACAUCAUUUCUAUUCACCGAGUACAAGUACCUUGGUAUCUUCACGGUUGCAUUUAGUGUUAUCAUCUUUCUCUUCCUUGGAUCAGUCAAGGGCUUCAGCACCCAAAGUGAACCUUGCACAUAUAAUCAGGGAAACCUUUGUAAACCAGCCCUUGCCAAUGCCAUCUUUAGCACAAUUUCCUUCUUUCUCGGCGCUCUUACUUCUGUUCUCUCGGGUUUCCUUGGGAUGAAGAUUGCAACCUAUGCUAAUGCUAGAACGACUUUGGAAGCAAGGAAGGGUGUCGGGAAGGCAUUUAUAACAGCUUUUCGAUCUGGUGCUGUGAUGGGAUUCCUUCUGUCUGCCAAUGGCCUUCUGGUUCUGUAUGCCACUAUUAACUUAUUUAAACUGUACUAUGGCGAUGACUGGGAGGGACUCUACGAGUCUAUUACUGGCUAUGGACUUGGCGGUUCUUCAAUGGCGCUCUUUGGAAGAGUUGGGGGAGGUAUAUACACAAAAGCAGCUGAUGUUGGUGCUGACCUGGUGGGGAAAGUUGAACGAAAUAUUCCCGAAGAUGAUCCACGCAACCCCGCUGUUAUUGCGGAUAAUGUUGGUGACAAUGUCGGAGACAUUGCUGGAAUGGGUUCUGACCUGUUUGGGUCUUAUGCUGAAUCUACUUGCGCAGCACUCUUUGUUGCAUCAAUUUCGUCCUUUGGUAUCACUCAUGACUACACAGCCAUGUCUUAUCCUCUCAUUAUAAGUUCAAUGGGUAUUGUGGUUUGCUUGAUAACAACACUUUUCGCAACUGAUAUGUUUGAGAUUAAGAAUGUGACCGAGAUUGAACCAUCCUUGAAGAAACAACUUGUUAUCUCGACUGUCCUGAUGACUGCUGGGAUCGCCAUGGUCACCUUUUUUACAUUACCAUCAGAAUUCACGCUCUACAACUUUGGGACCAGCAAGGUUGUAAAGAACUGGCACCUCUUUUUUUGUGUUGCAAUUGGCUUGUGGGCUGGUCUUGUUAUUGGGUAUACCACCGAGUAUUACACCAGCAAUGCUUACAGUCCGGUGCAGGAUGUGGCAGAUUCUUGCCGAACUGGUGCUGCAACAAAUGUGAUUUUUGGGCUGGCUCUGGGAUACAAAUCAGUCAUCAUUCCUAUAUUUGCCAUUGCCAUUGCUAUUUAUGUGAGCUUCAGCUUGGCAGCUAUGUAUGGAAUCGCAGUCUCAGCUCUUGGAAUGCUUAGCACUAUGGCUACUGGGCUCGCAAUUGAUGCUUAUGGCCCCAUUAGCGACAAUGCCGGUGGUAUUGCAGAAAUGGCUGGAAUGAGCCACAAGAUACGAGAAAGAACUGAUGCUCUGGAUGCUGCUGGAAACACCACUGCUGCCAUUGGCAAGGGUUUUGCAAUUGGAUCGGCUGCUCUAGUUUCUCUUGCUCUUUUUGGUGCCUUUGUGAGCAGAGCAGGCAUUGAAACUGUUGAUGUAUUGACUCCAAAGGUCUUCAUUGGGUUGCUUGUUGGGGCCAUGCUUCCCUACUGGUUCUCAGCCAUGACAAUGAAGAGUGUGGGAAGUGCAGCUCUGAAAAUGGUCGAAGAGGUACGCAGGCAGUUUAACACUAUUCCAGGACUUAUGGAAGGAACAGGGAAACCAGACUACGCAAUGUGUGUCAAGAUUUCUACUGAUGCUUCACUAAGGGAAAUGAUCCCACCUGGUGCUCUGGUUAUGCUUACACCACUGAUUGCCGGAACUUUCUUUGGAGUGGAAACACUUGCUGGUGUUCUUGCUGGUUCACUUGUUUCUGGCGUUCAGGUUGCUAUCUCAGCUUCUAACACCGGUGGGGCAUGGGAUAAUGCAAAGAAGUACAUAGAGGCUGGUGCUUCUGAACAUGCUCGAACACUGGGCCCCAAAGGAUCAGAAUGUCAUAAGGCUGCUGUCAUAGGUGACACCAUUGGGGAUCCCCUCAAGGACACUUCUGGUCCUUCACUCAAUAUCCUGAUCAAGCUUAUGGCAGUUGAAUCACUCGUCUUUGCUCCAUUUUUCGCUGCUCAUGGAGGCUUGCUGUUCAAAUUGUUUUGAAAUGGAUCUGUAAGCAAUGGAUUGGAUAUGUGAACAUAUGGUGCAAUAAAGUUAACAAGCUCUUCUUACUGUAUACUUUUGUUUGAUGUGUAUGUAUGUAAAGUAGAAAUGGUACAAGUCUAUUUACAAAUUUUGUAAUAAGUUGACAUGUAUCUCCUUUGCACAUUUCUAAUAUUAUCUAUUUAAGUUGUAAUCUA